AAGCUUUGGACGCCAGCGGCUCACACACUUACGCACACACACUCCUCCACUCGGAGCAAGACGCGGAACACUAACCCUCGUCCCUAAAACCCGGCCAAUCAUGCGACUACCGCCUUCCCGGGGAAGCUCUGCACGUUCCCCAGCCUCGCUUGGACCAUCACCUGGAAGCUAAGAAGCGAGUUUUCCCGAUUUAUUUCCGAGUUUAGCGCUCCUUCUUUCCAGUGUGUCUGCUAUUUUUUUGUCACCCGCAAGGGGGUGUGGCGUCUAUCCCAACCGGGAAGCUCGCUUUCAGCCUUUAUCGACACCGACGGAGGUAGCGAAACGUCGCCCGAGGCAAAUCGUCGUCCCGUGGGUCAUCUUCUCAUCCCCCACGAACACACGGAGGAGGUCGGAGGAGGGGAAGGAGGUUGGCCUCCUGGUGGAGGACGGGAGCUAAAAUCUGUCAACAGUAGACGGCGUGAAGAUGACGAUGUCCGUCCCGGAGAGGAAAUCGGGAUCGGAGGGAAAGGAGGAGGAGAGCGAGGAUGAGAGCGAGAUCCUGGAAGAAAGCCCUUGUGGAAGAUGGCAGAAGCGCAAAGAACAGGUGAGCCAAGGCAACGUCCCAGGUGUAGAAAGUGCCUCCCUUGCCAUGGACACAGAAGAAGGAGUGGAGGUGGUGUGGAACGAGGUGCUUUUCUCCGACAAGAAGGUCUUCAAAGCUCAGGAGGAGAAGAUCAAGGAGAUGUUUGAGAACCUAAUGCAGGUGGAGCACCCCAACAUUGUCAAGUUCCACAAGUACUGGCUUGAUAUGAAGGAAAGUCAGGCUCGGGUCAUCUUCAUCACCGAAUACAUGUCGUCGGGCAGCCUCAAGCAGUUUCUGAAGAAAACCAAAAAGAACCACAAGACCAUGAACGUAAAGGCCUGGAAAAGGUGGUGCACGCAGAUCCUCUCUGCCCUCAGUUACCUGCACUCGUGCGAUCCACCAAUCAUCCACGGCAACCUGACGUGCGACACCAUCUUCAUCCAGCACAACGGACUCAUCAAGAUCGGCUCAGUGUGGCAUCGGCUCUUUGUUAACGUUUUCCCAGACGCCAACGUCCAGGGAAAGGGGAGGCAACACCGUGGCGAGCAGAGGAAUCUUCAUUUUUUUGCACCAGAAUACGGCGCCGGCGAAGAUGAUUAUGCCAUCGACAUCUUCUCCUUUGGCAUCUGCGCUCUGGAGAUGGCAGUGUUGGAGAUCCAGGCUAACGGAGAUGUGGCCGUCUCCAAGGAGGCCAUCGUCAACGCGGGCCAAUCCCUGGAGGACCCUCUUAUGAGAGAGUUUACGCAGUCGUGUUUGCACCCCGACGCCAAGCUCCGUCCGACCGCCCACGACCUCCUCUUCCACCGCGUCCUGUUUGAGGUGCACUCCCUUAAACUGUUGGCCGCCCACUGCCUCAUCAGCAACCAGUACUUGCUUCCUGAGAACUGCGUGGAAGAGAGGACCAAGUCCUUCGACCCGAACGCCGUCAUGGCCGAGAUUAAGCAUGAAGACAGGCUCGGUGUUCAACUAAAGUACUCCCACGUGUCCCCUUUGGAGCUGGACAAGUUUCUGGAGGACGUCAAGAACGGGAUUUACCCCUUGAUGAACUUCGCCUCGUCCCGGCCCCACCCCGUCCCCCGCGCCCUCUCCUUGUCUCAGGAGCAGGUGGAGACGGUCAAGACGCCCACGCCGGAGCCGCAGGAGACCGAGAGCAGGAAGGUCAUCCAGAUGCACUGCAACUUGGAGUCAAAUGAGGAAGGGACCAAAACUCAUGUGAGUCACGUUGUACAGCAGCUUUCUUUAUUUCUGAAGAUGGACGACAAACUUCACCGCCAGCUUAGCUGUGACAUCCUCCCCACCGACACAUCCAAAGACCUCGCCAGCGAACUAGUUCACUACGCCUUCAUAAAUGAGGAGGACAUUGAGAAGGUGGCCGGGUUCCUGGAGGACGCUAUCAAGCGACACUGGCUACGAGCUCUGGCUUCUGGGAGCAUGCAGUGAGAGGAAGUCACGGUAGCUCCAGGACGGACGGCAAUCAGGGCCUUUGAGGGGCCUUUUACGGCGGCCGACAGCUGGAAACAGAGGAAGCGGCAGCAACACUGAGGGAUGUGAAGAAACCCAAAGGAGGCUCAAGGAAGACGUCACGGCGACCGGCAAAGAAGGGAACAGGAGGACCGGGCGUGACGGUUGCGUUGGGAUCGAUUCCCUCCGAAGGGCGCGUUUGCCUUUAAACGUGUCAGUUCCGUGCCGGAUGCCGACAUUCUCAACAUCCAGCCAUCUUGUUGUCAAACGAAUGUUUUAGUACGCGCCAUCUUUGCACUCCAGUGUCCACCAUGGCCAAUCUCCCUUUUUUUUAAGUACUCCAUCCAUCAUGCGCUGUUAACAUUCAUUCACCGUGGACUUAUUUAUUAUCGCGAAGCAACGCACAAGGUUGUCAUGUCGAUUUGCGCUCGCUGCAUUUCCUUUUAGCCUGCAGUGCUCUUAAGGGCUUUUCCCCUCUAAAAUUGUUUUCAGUGCCAAAGAAUUGUUGCAAAGUGCCUGAUAUGGCAACUAAACAUGAACAUUUUAAGACUAAUAAACGAAUUGGGAAAGGAUAACAUUGAAGUGCAUCUUAAAAAAAAAAAAGGUAGACCUCAAUUCACGACUCCCCGCUAAUCCAACAAUAAUUGACACUGUGACUAAAAAGGUCUAAAAUUGCCGAUAGAUGCCACAAGAUGGUGGAAAAGCACAACUUUUCUAUUUGACAUGGCUAAGAGCUCCUCCCCUGAUGUGAAUGUGCAAAUGAACUUCAACUUGCCUCCUGUGCGUUGGAUGUAAAUAUCAUUUGGAGUCAUUGACACUUAAAAUCAUGAUGACUUGCUCACCAGUGUAAUUCUUUUGCUUUAUUUUUCUGUUGCCCUGUUUGUUUUGUCUUGAUUUCAUUGAGAAAUGAUAAUCUGUCCAAAUUUUUAUUCAGUUUUUUUGUAGUAGUUGAAUCAGUACAGUACUGCUAUGAUAUGCAUAAUAUUUACAUAUUAUUAAUAUUGGAGCCCACUUGCAUUCAUUGUUUCUUCUUCCAACAAACAAAUUGUGUCCUGAAUAUGUUUAUUUGAUGUCCCCUCAAAACUAUUUCUAUAGUGAAUACUUGGAAAGUUAGGAAGAAAAAAAAACAUCAGUUACAUCAAUUAACAUCAAUUUUGGUGGACAACACACAAAAAAAGUCUCAGUGACCAAAUUAAACAGGAAGUUGUCAAUUUUAGUUUGAAGUAGCCAUUUCAGAUGAACUUCGAUGUGAAAGGGGCCUGGUUGAAAAAAAAAUUUGCCCCUAACACCAGUUUUAUCCAUCGACAUGAAAUUUGGUGAAGAUAUGGUUGUAAAUUGUCUCCACUGGUUUUGUCUUUGUUCUGUCAAUUCCAAAUUUAAUAACAGACUGUACAGUGACUGUUUUGAGUUUUACUUUGCCUAUCGCUGCAGAUGGGAACCCAGAAUCUUCCCGAACCUUCCAUACAGGCUGUGCAGUAUACUAUUUCUAUGUGGCUUAUAGUUUACGAAGGAUCGUACUCCAAUGUGAAAGCUCUUGCUCUUCUACCACCUUGUAAGCUGCAUGUUUGCAUACAUGGUACAAUAAUAAUAGAAGAAAACCAUUCACAUUGGUCUUAUCAGACAAGACUGUUGAAUGAAACUUGCCUUUGGAUGUGCUCUACUUAAUUAAGCAUUUGUAAUAUAUUGUAGCAAUGGCAGAUAAAUAAACUUGUGACAUGUUCAGUGA